AUGUCAUUCUUGAACGCAUCUACUUGCACCAAGACCGUCCGAGGGUUGACUGUAGAUUAUCACAAGCUAAGUUUGACGGUGAUUUGGCUGUACCUUGUGGCUCAGAUUGGUUAUAAUCUUCUCAACUCUGAUUGCAAUAGAACACAAGUUACGCUUCAUAGGAUUCCUCAUUGGCUUGGAGUCAGCUUUUCGAGGAUGUCUAAAAGGAUUUUCGAGGUCUUCCUCGUCGUUUGCGGUCUCCUGAACGGAGCAUUAGCAGUGGCUGAGAUUGGACUGACGAUCAAAGCGUUUUCGAUUCUUAAUGAGCGGAAAAAACUAGUCUCCUCAAAGCUUCCGGGCGGUAAACUUUUCGCAAAACCCAUCCUUUCUGUCGGAAUUGCCCUGAUCGUGGUUUCAUUAGUUGCAUUGGUCGCAUCAAUCUUCACUAGCACUAUUCGAUUUACUCAGCGCUCCAAGAAGUGGGUAUCUCUAUCAUUUGGAGUCGCAGCUUUUGUUUUCCUGCCUGUCUUGAUAGCAGGAACAGUGAUUGGUGCAUCAUGGCACGCUGCUGUUACCGCGAGAUUACCCCAGACAUUAGUGGAUCAGUUGGUCGCAGCUAGUGGUAUAAGCCUCUACUACCAUGACUAUAACGCUGUGAUCGGCCUAAUUGUAGUUGGCUGGGUGCUAUUCACUGGCUUGGUUCUAGCUUCGGUCCUCGAAAAGAAGGAAUUCGCCGAAGCAGAAAAAACCCAGCAAGUUGGGGAAGAUGAACUUGUCUGCUUUGCUUUGGGUUCCGCUCAUCAAACUGUCGUCUUAACUUCAAAGACACUUCUAGAGUGA